AUGGCGGCCGCUGUCGAUUCUAUGAACUCAACCUAUUCCCUUGGCUGGUGGAAUGACGGACGACUCGCUACCUCGGAUAUUAGCUCCGUUUCUAAGCAGGUGCGCCAUUACCUGAAGGGUCAACAUGUCGCGGCCAAGAGCACCAAGAGAAACACAUUCUUAUUUGCUCGAUCUGGCUCGGCCACUGUCGGUAUUUACAUUGGCAAGGGUCUGCAGAGUGAGGGGGUUAGCUCAUUUGCUCUUAAUGCGCUGUCAGAUAAUGUUCGGACUCUAAAUAUCAGCUCCGGUAAUAUUGCCAUGCAACUAUGCGAUCCGAACAGCAACAAUGCCCAUACCUUCGGGAUUUUUGCCUCUAGCAAUCGGUCUUUUACUCUCGUGCAAAGUGCAAUGAAAACUUGGUCGAACGGAGGUUGUCUCUCUUUCGAAAAUGAAAAAAACAUUACCGGUCCGGCUGUCCUUACCACUCCUCUCUUGAAAAUCUCGUCCAACGCCACCCAGUCGAAAACUAUCCGUUCGAGCUCAACAGUAGCCGCCGUACCCACGUCAUCCUCCCACAGCAAUAUCGUCGUUCGGGCUGAAUGCAGCACUGUACAGGUGGAAGGGGGAGAUAGCUGCUCUGCUCUGGCCACAAAGUGUGGGAUCUCUGCUGCAGAUUUUAGCAAGUAUAAUUCUGGUCCGAACCUCUGUUCAUCACUUAUGCCAGGACAACAUGUCUGUUGCUCGGCCGGCACCCUCCCUAAUUUUGCCCCAAAACCUAACCCGGAUGGAUCGUGUGCUACAUACACCAUUCAACAAGACGACAACUGUGCAAACCUUGCUGCUCAAUACAGUCUCACAAAGGAGGAUCUGGAGGACUUCAACAAGAAGACAUGGGGCUGGAAUGGCUGCUCAAAUGUCUGGGUUGGGACUGUGAUUUGUCUGAGUAGUGGAAGCCCACCUAUGCCCGACCCUGUGGCUAAUGCAGUAUGCGGGCCCCAGGUGCCAGGCACAGAAGCACCGGAGGACACUAUGGAUAUUGCUGGGCUUAAUCCCUGCCCAUUAAAUGCUUGUUGCAAUGUUUGGGGUCAGUGUGGCAUAACAGAUGAAUUCUGUGUUGACACCAGCACCGGAGCUCCAGGCUCUGCGGAAAAAGGCACAAAUGGCUGCAUUUCUAACUGUGGCACUGAGCUUGUGCGCGGCAACGCCCCUGAGGUCUUCCGAAGCAUUGCCUAUUUUGAAGGUUAUAGCUUGGGUAGUCGCAAUUGUCUAUACCAGGACGCCAUCCAAAUUGAUGGGUCUAAGUACACACAUCUACAUUUUGCAUUUGGUAUACUCACAGAUGAUUAUCAAGUCAAGUUCCAGGAUGCUGUGACUGAAUAUGAGUUUCAGAAUUUUAUGAAAAUCUCUGGACCAAAGAAGAUCCUGUCUUUUGGUGGCUGGGAUUUCUCUGCCCAGCCUAGCACCUACAACAUUUUCCGCCAGGGAGUCAAAGCCGCUAACCGGCUAACAAUGGCCACAAACAUUGCAAAUUUCAUUAAGGAGAAUAACCUCGAUGGUGUUGACAUUGACUGGGAGUAUCCUGGAGCACCUGACAUUCCAGGUAUUCCCCCCGAUGAUCCGGACUCUGGUGACAAUUAUCUGGCCUUCCUCGUCAUUCUUAAGAAUCUGCUCCCUGGGAAAUCGGUGUCUAUCGCCGCUGCAUCAUCGUACUUCUACCUAAAGAACUUUCCCAUUGCGAAGAUCAGCAAGGUCGUGGACUAUAUUAUUUACAUGACUUACGAUCUUCACGGACAGUGGGAUGCAAUGAAUCCCAAUUCACAGAUUGGCUGCCCUUCGGGAAUGUGCCUCCGCAGCCAGGUCAACCUGACUGAGACCAUCAGUUCUUUAGUCAUGAUCACCAAAGCAGGGGUGCCCUCAAAUCAGGUUGUGGUUGGCGUAACCAGCUAUGGGCGAUCCUUCGCCAUGGCUGAUCCUUCAUGUCAUGGACCAGAGUGCUUCUACACCGGAGGUCCUUACGACUCGCAGGCCACCCCAGGAAAGUGCACGGCCACCGGGGGUUACAUAUCCGAUGCUGAGAUAAAUGAGAUCCUGGAAGGGUCCACGACGAACGGGCUCCUGAAACGCGACGGCCGAGUGAAUCAGCAUUAUGUUGAUCAGACGAGCAACAGCGACAUUCUAGUCUACGACAAUACCCAAUGGGUUGCCUACAUGAGCCCUGCAACCAAAGCGUCGCGCAAAUCCCUCUACAAGGGACUUAAUAUGGGCGGCACUACUGACUGGGCCACAGAUCUCCAGCAAUACAAUGAUCCUCCCACGCGUGGUGGGGUCCUUGUGGAAAACUGGGCCGCUUGGAAAACAGCUAUUAAAAAUAAUGAAGACCCUUGGCAAGUCGGAGAUAGGACGGGAAACUGGACUGAGGUUCAUUGUACUGACCAAGCUGUUGUUGAUAAACGUACCCUGUCGCCGUCAGAGCGAUGGAACCGAAUCGACGCUCCUCAUGCAUGGGCUGAUGCGAUUAAUGUGUGGAAAACUAUUGAUAAAGGCACUCAAAUGGCCUUCACGGCGUCUAUCUCAGACACCCUUGACGGCCCAGAGAGUGUCAACUGUGGCACGUUAAAGUCAACAAGCAACUGUGGUGAGACUAAACAGUGCAAGGAAUUCGACAACAACGGUGCUGGCCCAGCAGGCUAUUUGAUUUGGAAUUCUUUGGUCUAUGUUCAUGAGCUGUACCAAAGCUAUCACAAUGCCCUGUUCCAGGCCGCCGCUUCAGAAAUCACCAACGCUCUCGACGAUUUCGAGAACAAGUUUGCGCCAAUACCUGAACCCGCGGACAAUACAUGGCUUUUGCUGCUGAUCGAUCUGAUUACUCUUGGGACCGCGUCAGCAGCAGCCCCGUUCUUUAAUUCAGUACUGUCGAAGUUGCCGUAUUUCAUCGCGAAGGGGUCCACGCUGGACAACGUCAAAGAUACUACUAUGACCAUUAUCUCCCAAAGUACAACUAUUGCCAAGGACUUGCUCAGCGACCCUGAUCCUGAUGACUGGACUCCAGAGAAGCAGAAUGAGUUUACCAACUACAUGGGCCAAUCUAUCGCGGGCUGGGGCGCAGUUGUAGAGAAGUCACUGAGCACAUUAUUCGACGGCUCUGACGCGUCAAUCGAAAUGCUGACAGACCUGAUCUCCGAUGGCAGAUUUGUUGAAGGUUCCUCAAUCAGCAUGGCGCUACCCCCAUCGGAUGCAGGUGAGCUACCAAAAGAUACGAUGACUGCUCUGCAAAAAAGCAUAAGCAAGUCGUUCUUUGCCUUUGCCAUUCCUUCCAUCUGGACGGUUUCCGGCAGGUACCCUUUCGUUAUUGACGCGGGCUACUCCUGUGACCAUGCGGAUGACAUGGGAGAUUAUUUGGAGGCUGAUACGAUGAAGGUGGCAAAAGCCUGCUACCGCAAUAAGCGCUACUACCUUGCCGCCCCGGAGGGGCAACCAUGGGAGUGCGUUGAGGGUAGCUGCCUUGAUAACCCAUUUUCCGCACUGCCUGGCGUGGACUCGAUGGGUCAAGGCUCGUUUGGUAAUGUCACCGUGGAGGAUAUCAUCAUAGGAUCGGUGCGUACGUACCUGCAGAACGGCGAGACGAACGGCGGCGGCGCAGCCGACCCUGCAGACGAGGGCACACUGGAGGAUCUCUACAACGACGACAUAACCACGCCAGGGAUGAUCCGCUUGCCAGUAUGUAGCGCAGAAACCGCCUACCGUGCAUGGGACCACGGCGACACUCCGGAUACCGAUGCCCCGAACUACCCGUGUGUUAUUUAUCCAGCGCCUGACUAUUGCGGCAGCUCCACGUUCGUCGACCAGACCAGUGACGCGUCCCCAACCGUGUCGGACUGCAUGCAGAUAGUGAAGAAUAUUGCAAAAACAGACGGUAAAUGGGAGGUUGAAAACGCAAUUGGGUCCCAACACCAGCUUGUGCAGUAUGGGACGUGCGCUUUCGGCGUGCAGGGAAAGGGUAAGCAUGGAAACAUUGACUUCCACAUCGGCGCCCAGGAUAUUGUGGACAUCAUCAGCGACUCAGUGAGACAAUUCGGCGGAUCUGGCAAGGUUGGCUCCAAGGGCAAGAUGUCUUGCAAGGGAACUGUCAAAGGCCAAACAGUUGAGUGGGGGUUGUAUCAUGAUUAG